AUGGCAAUGAAGCAACCUCACGUAGUCAUCUUUCCCUUCCCACUCCAAGGUCACAUGAAGCCCUUGCUAUGCUUAGCCGAGCUUCUCUGCCAUGCAGGCCUUCAUGUCACCUAUGUCAACACUCACCACAACCACCAGCGCUUGGCCAACCGCCAAGCCCUCUCGACUCAUUUCCCCACCCUCCAUUUCGAGUCCAUCUCCGAUGGCCUCCCCGAGGAUGACCCCCGUACCCUGAAUAGCCAGUUGUUGAUUGCGUUGAAGACGUCCAUUAGGCCUCAUUUCCGGGAGCUGCUCAAAACCAUUUCGCUUAAGGCCGAAUCGAAUGAUGCUCUGGUGCCGCCUCCGAGCUGUAUCAUGACAGAUGGGCUCGUGACUUUUGCGUUUGAUGUGGCGGAGGAGCUGGGGCUGCCCAUUCUAAGUUUUAACGUUCCUUGUCCUCGUUACCUGUGGACUUGUCUUUGUCUCCCCAAGCUCAUUGAGAAUGGCCAGCUUCCUUUUCAAGAUGAUGACAUGAAUGUGGAAAUUACGGGAGUGCCCGGAAUGGAAGGCCUUUUGCAUCGCCAAGACUUGCCAGGUUUUUGCCGAGUCAAACAAGCUGACCACCCAUCUCUUCAAUUCGCUAUCAACGAGACCCAAACCCUAAAACGAGCCUCGGUUCUCAUUCUCGACACAGUUUAUGAGCUCGAUGCCCCUUGCAUUUCCCACAUGGCCCUCAUGUUUCCCAAGAUUUACACCCUUGGACCACUCCACGCUCUCCUCAACUCCCAAAUAGGUGACAUGUCUCGAGGUCUAGCAUCCCACGGUUCUCUUUGGAAAAGCGACCUAAACUGCAUGACGUGGCUCGACUCCCAGCCGUCCAAAUCGGUUAUCUACGUCAGCUUCGGGACUUUGGUCCACUUGACACGUGCCCAGGUGAUAGAGUUUUGGUACGGUCUGGUCAACAGUGGACACCCGUUUUUGUGGGUCAUGAGGUCCGACAUCACAUCUGGGGACCACCAAAUUCCCGUGGAGCUGGAAAAUGGUACGAAAGAAAGAGGGUACAUAGUGGAUUGGGUUUCGCAGGAGGAGGUGCUAGCCCACAAAUCUGUAGGUGGGUUUUUGACCCACAGUGGGUGGAACUCGACGCUUGAAAGCAUUGUGGCCGGGCUGCCCAUGAUCUGUUGGCCGAAUUUGGGGGACCAUUAUAUUAUUAGCAGAACUGUUUGCCGGCAGUGGAAGAUUGGUCUCCAAUUGAAUGAAAAUUGUGACCGGUCCAACAUUGAGAGCAUGGUUCAAACUUUGAUGGGACCCAAAAGGGAGGAGAUCCAGAGCUCCAUGGAUGCCAUUUCGAAAUUGGCUCGUGACAGUGUUGCCGAAGGUGGAUCUUCUCACAACAACUUGGAGCAGCUGAUCGAAUACAUUCGAAAUUUGCAACACCAGAACUAG